AUGAACUCCUUCGUGGAGUUCGCAAUUUGUAACCGCGGCGGCGCCGCCGCCUUCCCCGAGCCCUGCCCGUCCUUCCCGCCGUGCUCAGGUAGCCCCGCUCCGAGCUCCGAGGGUGCCUUCGGCCCGCCGGGCCCCGCCGGCCAUCUCGCCCAGCACGGCUUCCACCCUCCUUCCUCCUCCUCCUCCUCCUCCUCGUCCCGCUUCGCCGGCCCCGCGUACCCGGCCCAGGGUUACCCGCAGCUCUACCUGGGCCAGCACGACUCGGACGGGAUUUUCUUCCCGGGGCCCUCUGGGUACGGCUCGGCCUCGCUGCCCGAGGGGUUCUGCGGGGGGGGGCCGUUCCAGCCCGGCCUGGGCCCGGAGCCGCCCGCGGGCCCCGCGUACCUGCCCGGCCUCUACGGGGACCUCUGGGCUCUGCUGGAGGAGCCGGAGCCUCCGGGGCACCCCGAGCCCGGCGCCAGGGCCGGGGCAGCGCAGACCUUCGAGUGGAUGAGGGUGAAGAGGAACCCCCCCAAAACAGGUGAGCAAAACGUCGAGCUGGGGCUGCUGGGGCCGCCCAACGCCAUCCGCACCAACUUCAGCACCAAGCAGCUGACGGAGCUGGAGAAGGAGUUCCACUUCAACAGUACCUGGACGCGGGCCCGCAUGGAGAUCGCCGCCACCCUGGAGCUCAACGAGACGCAGGUGAAGAUCUGGUUCCAGAACCGGAGGAUGAAGCAGAAGAAGAGGGAGAAGGAAGGGCUGGCCCCGGCCGCGGCCCGCAGGGCGCCCAAGGACCAGGGCUCGGAUCAAUCCUCGCCCGAGGCCCUCGCCCAGCUCCGGCUCCUCCUGAGCCCCCCAGGACCCUCGGGGCUGUCCCCGAGCCCCCCAGGACCCUCGGGGCUCUCCCCACGCCCGGUUCUUUUUACGACGCGAUUUUUGCUGCUGCGGGCGGAGGAGGGGACGGGGCUCGGUUACCGAGGGAAGGAGCCCGGGGCUGCCCCAGCAGCGCCUUCCCCCGGGCUCAUCGGGGCCAGAUAA